AUGGCAUCCUAUUUUCCGGACAAUUUAGGCUACCCCCGUGUCGAGCCAUCCUUAUCCAGGCAGUCUACAGGCGGUGGUGAGGGAUCCUCUAUCAGGAGUUCCAGUCGAAAAUCGACAUCCACACCAAAGCCCAGCGUCGCCUCACCGAGCGGGCGGAAAUCGCUAUACGACUUAAAGGAACAAGAUAGGUGUGUCACCCUGAAGGGCAAGACAUUCACGGUCAUCGCGAAUGUAGAUAAUCAUUCCUACCGACACAUAACAGAAUCUGGGGAGCAGAAGCCCACAGGAGGAGUGCUUAUCCCUGAAAACUACCGCCCCAUAGGUCCAAGGCAGUAUCAUUGCCCGGUGAGGGGCUGUGACAAAGUCUACGAGAAGAUUACCGGGCUUGGUGGCCACUUCUCCUGGUCUCAUAACACGACUGCCUUCAACGACAACCGCGACGGGACGUUAUCGUCUCUUGGACCUUACGAGACUGAUGCCCUGGUCAAUUCCUUCCCUGGUGUCAUUGUCUCGCGGAAUCCCAACACAAUCGUACCACCACCUGUCCAUGGGCAAACACCUGUCUUUCCCCCGAAGCCAAUUACGGCACCUUCUCCCCGUCAACCAGGCGCUUACUUGAGAAAACUUCUCUCCCAAAAACAGCCGGCUUAUGACCGAGAGGACAUUCUUUUCAUGCUGUCACUCCCCCAGCUUCGCGAGCUGCCAAAAGUCUGGGCCCUGAAACAUGGGCUUACAAGUCUGCCUGAGGGCCUGUACGCUAUACUCCUUGCCUUUAUCGUCGGGGAGGAUGUCUCUGCAACACACAAGUGUACGCGUUCUGGAGAGACAAAUCAGUCCAUCAGAAUACCCCCAGGGAUGCCAAAGGCGGCGAAAGCUCAAUUGACCCGUGUCGAAUCUUGUGUGAGCUGCCUCUAUCAUAACUUCGACCAACCUUCUAACCCUGCACCCUGCAGCUGGACGCCUGCUCAUGAAGUCCACAUGCUGGGGUUGUCUCGAUCGAUAGAGGGUAGGUCAAGGUCUGCCGAUAGCACAAGACGCCUGCGAAGCUCUAGUCUAAAGAAUGAGGAAUCUGUGUCACAGUCGAGCGUGUCAGGAGAAGCGAGUGACGAACAGGAUGAGGAGGAACCUCAACCGGAAUCACCACCUCCUCGGAGGGCCACAAGAAAGCAAGCCACUAAGAGCAGGGUUGAUUCGUCAAAAAUGGAAGACUGGGAGUUUGCCCCAGGGAGACAAAUUGAUGAGAAAACCGGAGAACCUUUCGCAUUUUCUGGUCCCUACGUUACCAGCCAAAACGCAAUACAAGUCGCAGAAGACAUAGGCUUCCAUCGGCUGCGAAUACCACCUGGGGGGACUCAGCAUUGGAGCGGUAAGAAGGACGUUUUUCGGCUCUGCGAAGUAAUAUCGGGCAAACUCGAGCUCAAGGUGGGAGAUGUCAAGGUGCAGCCGCUCGGCGCGGGCGGGGUUUUGGUGCUUCGUCCUGGCAUGAAGGCCACGGCUGAAAAUCGACAGUACGAUGAGGCGGUGGUUUCAUGUCAUAAUAUCUCGAAUUACUCACUUGCGUGA